UGUGUCUUGUUUCCCAGUUAGAUCUGAAUCCUAUAGAGCCUCUUGUCAGUUCAUCUGUGUUUCUUUGCUGUUUCCCUCUUUUUGGAUUCUACAUCACCUUAAUCUUUCCUUUGGAUUGAUUUUUUUGUUGGACUGUUUUUUUUGGUAAUGCACACCGAUCAGCCACAACAUUGUGACCACUUACGGGAGACAUGAAAGAAAUGCUGAAUACAGAGAUGGAAGGUUAAGUUCAGAGGCUGAGGAACCCAGGGAGUGAGACUGAAGGAAGCUUCAGCUGCAUGUCCCCCUGGUUCUUGUCAUGAACGAGGGAAGAAGAAGCAAAGAAAAGAUAGUGGAGUUUGACAGCUGAGACGAACAUGGAGAAAGAGGAGAGUCGGACACCUUUACAGGAUGGAAAAAAAUAACAACAGACAAAAAGAAUGAUGCGGGCUGCGUGACCUGUUGAUGGAGGAAAAGCUUAUUUAACAUCAUUCCCGUGAUUUUUACAUUCACUGGGAGUAGAUGUCACCUUCACUAUAUUGCAUCGAGCCAGAACCACUGGAGAGGGGCGCUGAUCAUUUUUCCCCGAAGCUGAAGACUUGUGCUUUUCUAAAACAACGAACGUCGUGGUGCCACUGGAGCAGAGCUGUAUCGCUCAAAAGAUGUGUAACUGGUAACUUUUCACGUGCAGGGAUGUGUUCAGUAGAGACACUGGCUGUUUCUUGACAGGAUUUGUAAGUAUUCCCUUUAUUUCUUUUGAAAAAGUACCGACCCCGGCGCUGACGAGUGCUUGUGCGUCUUGGAGGGCAGGGACGCAGGAAUACGCGCAACGGUAUCAGCAGCGCAGUCUGUUUGGAGCAACGGUUGAGAUCAUUCAUCAGCUCGCAGCGUCGCUCACUUUCCAGCACGGAUUGAUUGUGGAAUACAAACCGAAGCGCUCUCUCUGAAAUCUUCCGGAACGAAUGAUGGACACCCUCCUCGCCUCCCGAAAAAGACACGAAAGCGACGGAUAAGUGAAACCGGAGAUGCUGCGCACCGCGGCCAACCCCGUGGAGCUCUAUUAAACAGGACUGUGGGUGUGUGCGCGUCGGGCUCGCCGUUACCUCCGGACUGCACUCGCCAACUUCCCCCCCGCUUUCCAUCAAGUCAUGUCUGAUACAGAGCGAUGGGCAAGUUUGACGACAACGAGAGGAUAAUCCUCAACGUCGGGGGCACCAGGCACGAAACCUACAAGACCACCCUGAAGACCUUGCCGGGGACGCGACUGGCCCUGCUCGCCUCCGACUCGGACAUCGACUCCGUGCUGGAUCAGCUGCAACAAGUCCCCGGCUUCAUCGAGUACAACGCGCGGACCAACGAGUACUUCUUCGACCGCCACCCGGGCGUCUUCGCCUACGUGCUCAACUACUACCGCACCGGGAAGCUCCACUGCCCGGCGGAUGUGUGCGGACCGCUGUUCGAGGAGGAGCUCUCCUUCUGGGGCAUCGAUGAGACGGACGUGGAGCCCUGCUGCUGGAUGACAUAUCGGCAGCACCGGGACGCGGAGGAGGCUCUGGACGUGUUCGAGCUCAACGUGGACAACGGGGACGAGGACGACGAGAUAGGGAAGAGGCUCGGCAUCGAGGACGUGGCCGCCGACGGGAACGUCAGCCUGUGGAGGAAGUGGCAGCCGGUGAUCUGGAAUCUAUUCGAGGACCCGUACUCCUCCAGGGCGGCGAGGUUUAUUGCCUUUGCAUCUCUGUUCUUCAUCCUGGUCUCCAUCACCACCUUCUGCUUGGAGACUCAUGAGGCUUUCAACAAAAUCAUCAACAAGACUGAGACGAACCGGAACAGCAGCUUGCCCGACUCUGGUCCACAGUACGAGAUUGAAACUGACCCUGCCCUCACGUAUGUGGAGGGCGUUUGCGUCUUCUGGUUCACCAUAGAGUUCCUGGUGCGAGUGACCUUCUGCCCGGUCAAGCUGGAGUUUGUUAAGAGUGUUCUCAACAUCAUCGACUUCGUGGCUAUCCUGCCUUUCUACUUGGAAGUAGGGCUGAGUGGCCUUUCUUCAAAGGCUGCCAAGGACGUGUUGGGUUUCCUCAGGGUGGUGCGUUUUGUACGUAUUCUGCGUAUCUUCAAGCUGACACGUCAUUUUGUGGGGCUUAGGGUGCUGGGCCACACGUUACGGGCCAGCACGAAUGAAUUUCUGCUGCUCAUUAUCUUCCUGGCAUUGGGAGUUUUAAUCUUUGCCACUAUGAUAUACUAUGCCGAACGAAUCGGCGCCAAACCGAAUGACCCCACGGCUAGUGUCCACACCAAGUUCAAGAACAUCCCCAUUGGCUUUUGGUGGGCUGUGGUAACAAUGACUACACUGGGCUAUGGGGAUAUGUAUCCAGAGACCUGGUCAGGCAUGGUGGUGGGCGCGUUAUGUGCUUUAGCUGGUGUGCUGACGAUAGCCAUGCCAGUGCCUGUUAUUGUCAAUAACUUUGGGAUGUACUACUCUCUGGCAAUGGCAAAGCAGAAGCUUCCCAAGAAGAGGAAGAAACACAUACCCCAGACAAUACAGGGAGGAUCCCCUACAUACUGCAAAGCUGAUCUCAACACCACCUGCAACAGCACUCAAGGUGACCUGUGCCACGUCAAAGGGAGCAGGGUACUAGAACGCAACCGUUCAGUUCUGUCAGCAGACUGCAGCGGGGGCAGUGACUUCACCAUGUCUCCUGAGGAGAGGGUCCCCAUGCGGAGGUCCAGCACCCGAGAACAGGACCGCCGGAGCGGGGGCACGUGUUUCUUGCUCGCUGCCAGUGACUACAGCUGCCCAGCAGACGGAGGAAUACGAAAAACAGGCUAUGAGAAAUCCCGGAGCUUAAACAACAUAGCGGGCAUGACUGGCAUGGCUGGUAACGCCCUGAGGUUGUCUCCCGUCACCUCGCCCUACGGAUCACCCUGCCCGCUGCGGCGCUCCCGCUCCCCUAUCCCCUCCAUCCUGUGAGGCGUCCGGCCCCCGAGCCAAUUUGGCCCAAACCUCUCCUCAUCCUCGCCCCCUACGGCAUCAUAUCUGAACUCUGUUCUAGAUAUCGUGACUAGUGGAUAAGUGCUUCACAUAGUAGCUAAGACUAAUGUUAAUAGCUUGGGCAGCCUGAGCAAGUUCUCAUUUCCCCCCAUUUCCCUUGAAAGUACAUGUGCUUAGCUAACUAGUCAGUUCUCCCGUGUCACUUGGAGGUCCCUUUAGUUCGAUAUCGUUGUACUUUGAGACUUGCAAUAAAAGAACUCUGACUGGUGGCUUCAGAAGUAGCAGCCAUAACAUUUAAUACCGAACAUAUUAAUAAUCAGGGAUAUUAGACAUUGCUAUAUUUAGAUACCUUGAAAAAGAUGUGCUUCCAAAAAAAAAAAAAAAAGGAAAACGAAAGAGAGAUGUCACUUCAUUUUAACUUCAUACAACUGUGGACUUUGUCUGCUUUAUUUUUGGGUUGGAGAUGAGAGGGAUGGGUGCGGGGACAGGGGUUCGUUUGUUUCAGCUCACACAAGCACACGUGCAGUCUGUCGCUCUUCACCCGCGUCUGGGCCCGCUCAUGUUUGUGCAUGGAUCAUCCUGUAACAUCCGUCUGCAAGCAAGGAACGCGAUAAGCGAAGGAGAGGCAAGGACGAGGAUUUAUUUAAUGCGGGGGUUUGAAGUUAACGUUGCCGUGCUUGGGUUUAGGCGGGGUGCACACAUCUUGGACCUGCAUUCUGUCUCAUUUUGCCAUUGGCUUCACCAACAAUUCACAAAGGAAACUAAAAACGUAUGAUGCCAGCCGGGUGUUCGUUUCUCUCUGCAUGUGGGUUUUUCUUCCUCAUCUGCUGAAUUUCCGAUUAACCAACUUUAAUGUUCUCAUUUUUAUUUUUUUUUUCCUUCGACGGCGUGCCACCAAAGCUGUUGUGUUUCUGGUUGUUCACACACAGAUAACUGCAAAGAGGUUGUCUUUACUGGUUUCACACAAGCAGAGAGCAGCGUUCUAUCUUAAUGGCUUGGGGGAAGGCACCGCCACGGCGGAAAGGUAACUGUCUGAAGGGGUGUGAGGGUCAGAUUGGAGAGUGGAACCCUCUCACUUUCUCGGGCACGAAUCAUAAUUUGUGUUUUUUUUUUAAUGUGUGUGAGUAUUGACACGGUGGGGUAAUUCAAUAAUCUGUCAGGAGAGGUACCCUCAUGUGCAAACGUGCAUCCAUGAUGCCACAAAUACAGCUGUUUUUGUAGCAUUUCAUCUUGUUAACUAUGCCAAGACACACAUGUGAGAUCGUAAUUAAGGUGAAAUUACACAUUUUGAAUCAUGCGUCUGCAGGCACGGUUGAAAAUUUGCAUUAUUUACACCCCAAAUAUUAUUUUUAGUCAAAAAUUCUUAUGAAAAUCCAUCCUAACAGCCGUCAUUAAGAGGUCUGAAAUGCCUAAACAGUGCAGACUAGAUGUGAAUACUCUACAGCAGGACAGAUGCGUUCACAUCAAACCUCAGAUUAAAAUGAAGCAACCUGUUGGUUCUGCUAAAAGGCGCCGUCAUUUCUAAUUGACGAGACUUUUCUUUUUUUUUUUUUUUUACCGUGACAGGCGAGCGUAAUUGCCUCUGCGCGCCAACAGGUGUUGGGCAGCGGACACAGUCAGUCAUGCAGCAGCGUGCCUCACCCAUCCCUACAUUAUGUCUAUACCAGCAGCGGAACGUUGCUUAGCAACUGGCUCACAGCAUCUUACACGUAGCUCGGCAAAAAGUCAAACAAUUAAACAACAAAUAAAGAGCAAACAAUUCUCUUUGUCUGCACACCAAGUUAUUGAAUCACCCCUCACUCAAACUACUGCAGUAUACAACAGAGCUUUUAUAAUUCUGGCUUAUAGAGACCAUAGAUUUGUACUGUUCUCAUUGUGCUUUUUUUCAAAUAGCCAUUGUGUGCAUAGCAAGGACUUCUGAAAAGAUGAUGCAUUUCUGAUAUUUAGAGAUGUGUUUAUAUUUUAUUUAGACAAUUCAUUUCCUGUUUGAAUGACGAUGGGAUAGGACUGUCAUCAGUUUGAGGACCUAUUGCUGUCGGAAGACCCUAUUUGGAGCCACAAGGCCUCUCCUACAGGACAAUAUGGACGAGGUUGCACUCAAAGGCCAGUGACUGACUGACAGCCACCCGGCUCACGGCUCAGCGAGCGGGAAAGGACCUCGACGAACAAACGGAAAUUCUGGGAGGACUUGAUUUUUCUCUUUUUGUUUUCCCGUCCUGUGGAGUAAGGGGUGGGGGCGGGGCGGGGUGGGUUAGGGUGGGGACAAAAGCAAACCGGACACAUCCUCAAAAACUAUCUGUAAAGACACUGCUCCUGUAAAUACGACGAGACGGCACAUCUGGGCCGAGCGGCUCCGUCCACACAUCUGUCUUUCGACGGCGCGUCGGGUAACGAGGGUGGCUGGUUGCUUAGCUGCGCCGCGACACUCGAUCACUUUUCUUGCUGUGGUAUCCCUCCUCGCAAUAAGUGUUAAGAUGUAUCAGUUGAGGCACUUUGUGUUCUAAAAAUGGAGUGUAUUCAUAUAUGAAAAUCAACAUAAAGUAUAUACAGUAUAGAGAGACAAAUGUGCUAAGUUGAAUAAAUGUGACAUUAUGGUCAUCUCUGCUUUUAUUUCCCUUGGUAAUUUCAGUAGGUUAAUUGCUCUGCUGUGUGUGUGUGUGCGUGUGUGUGUGUGUGUGUGUGUGUGUGUGUGUAAACGUGUGUGUGUGUGUGUGCGUGUGUGUGUGUAUCCUAAAACUCCAGGGUAAGAUCUGCAGGUUAAAAGGCCAGGUCAGCGAAGGCCAGUGAGUGGACUCGAUAACUUCCAGUUAGUCUGAGCACAAACGCGAAUGAGACAGUCCCCCCCUCCCCCCGUGACGCAGCCGCCGUUGUAGAAGUCCCCUCCCUCCGUGCAUCAUACGCGCAACUACCCCGCGUCAGUGCUGUCAGUGAUGUUUGUCUCUUCACAAACCAAAUUAUUCUUACCGGACUAAUCCUCAUAACUCCUGGUGGCUAAAAAACUAAAAAAAAAAAAAACUGCUUAACUUGAUUCUUCCAAACUUUUCCCCUACGUGGGAGUGGAGCAAACGUGUAGCACCAAGUUAUAAUGUGGGACUUCUAGAAUGGCUACGUCUGCACAGUAGCAAUCCCAUGUACCCAAACAAUCAGAUCGGAUUUGCAAUAAGCACCCGAAAAACAAAAAGCGCCGAUCCACACUGUGAUUUCAGCAGCCCGUUCAAACAAGAAGGAAAACUGAGCGAGACAAAAAAAAAUAAAUAAAUAAAAAAAGGCAAAAAAAGAGAAAAAACUCUCAAAAGCUGAGAGGCCGGGGACCGGGAGGCGGCACGAGUAGUUGCGCGCCACGCCCGGGUCGCGGCCUGCGCAGUCGUAGGCUAGCUGUUCAAGUGUCACCCUGUACCCACAAUCCUCCUCGUGUAGUACAAACGCUGCUUUACUCUUUGAAUUAACAAAGGGGUACCGUUCUUUGUGUAUUUCUAGGAUGACGUUGUAACUUGAAGAAAAAAAAAAGGAAAAGAAAAAACAGGUGUUUAUUUUUUUGAAUCCAGAACAUGUAUUUUUGUGUCUUACUGUUGAGUACAUUGCUCUUACCUGUGAAAGUCAUGGUAGUCUGAUGCUGUGCUUCUCCAUCGUGUCCUCGAAACUGUCCGGCUUUUGACCCGAGUUCAUGUUUUGUAUGUUUUACUGUGAGGAAAAAAAAAAGUUCUAGUUUGAAGUCUGUAUUCGUGGAGCCUUUUGUUGGCAUUCUAAAGUGCAUGCUUUAAAAAAAAAGAGAAAACCAUUAUGUCAAAUUGUAAAAGAAAAAAAAAUUAAGAUGACAUACUGUAUAUCACGUUCAAAUCAAUGUGUAUAGAGUAAAGGUAAAUGAUAUGUGAGAGAUUCACAUAAACUAUUUAUCUUUUA